AGGACCAAAAUCAGCUGCCGCUGUAUCGCCUUCACGAAAUUACUAAUUUAUCUUGUCAGCCGUCAGCUUAUCGCAUUCUGCAUCUCAUCUGCAACUCAAAUCUUGUGAAACAAAAGUAUACUCGUAGGUGAAGUGGGAGGAAAGAAUUGUCCUUUUUGCUAUUCUCAAGCGCAGUACUGCAUGCCAGAUUAAGAAGUGUAAGCCUGAGUGGCAUUUUGUGAAAACGUUCAGUCAAUUUCCUUCCAGUACUACGUCCUUUGAAACCAAGGCGGAUUUAAGCAUACUCGUUAGUGCCUCAUCCCCAAGAAAACGAGCUUCUUCUGUGUGAAACGUUGUGCUCCCCCUGAAGAGGUGACUGCUCCAUGCUGGUGCGGAUGCUGAUGAUGUCAAUGUUCGCCAGACUGUAACGAGCAACUUCAUCACCGUUAUCUCUACCGAGCAAAUAUCCGAAUCUUAACGUCCAACCGGUGCCAAGGAUUAUAUAACAGCUGCCGUUCAGUAAUAAUUGCAUCCAGCCACAUCCCUUUGGUCGAGAAGUCGUCGGGGUCAAAGGCUACGUAAUGUGGCGCUAUCCUGUCUGCUGAAGGUGGAGCCGCAGAAAACCAUGUGAACGGUUGCUGCGUGGAGAGUUCCAGCCGAGCUCGCCCACACUCCGCCCGUCCAUGGCUCGCAAAGUUUCCUUCAAGGUGGUGUUUGCCACAGACGAGGAUUCCGAGUAUCCGGCCAGUGAGCUGAACAGCCACAGCCCGACGGUCCACGGAUGGCGUUCGAACGCGGACAGCGUCGUUAAUCCGAAGGAAAUCGUCCUCCGCUUCCUCCACCCGGCUCGUAUCGUCCGGAUACAGGUGCUGGCCCACCAGUACUACAUCCCGGAACGCAUCGAGCUAUGGAUACACUAUUCCAGCAAAAGUGCUCCAAGCACUCCGUCCAGCCAGAGCUUCGAGUAUAUGGGAUUCGUAGCGCUUUCCGACAAUGCCAGCACAAACUUCACCUCCCGCGAGCUGCAAAGUGUAGCCGUUACACCAAGGAUCGGUUCACAUCUGAAGCUACGGCUAGGACCGGCCCAUCCAAAUCAGUUCAACAAGGACACCCAGGUGGCACUGCUGGCCAUCAACAUACUGGGCGAGGAGUUGUCGAGCGAGGAGCUCGCUUCGUUACAAAGCAAUGCGACGGGCUUGCUGACCGCGGUGCCGGCCAACAUUGACAUCCUGAACAGUAGCCUCGCGUCGGCCUGCGAUGAUCUCUCCUACUCCAUGUACGUCGAGGAGAGCAUCUGCGAUGUGGUGCGCAAGAUGGAGAUCCUUAAGAUUCAGGCCGUACAAGAUGAACGCUUCGAGUACGCGCGUAAGCUGAAGCUCUGCAUGGGAGCACUCCGGACCGCGGGCGAACGUUUGGGCCGGUAUGCGCUCGCCAAGCGGCAGGCGGUGCAGGCCGAGGACUUUACCACCGCACGGUUGCGCAAGGAGCAGAUCGAAAUGUAUCGUAAGGCCGUGUUCGAUCAGCUGCGCGUUGAGCUGCUGCUGCAGAGCGACAAGAGCAUCACGAGUAAUGAUUCCUGUUCGGAGCUGUACGCUUCUAAACCGACGUUGCCUUCACCGCCCAGCUUGCAGGAUGUGGCCAGUGCGCUGUCCAGCGAUGUUAAACUUCCGCACGCCCACCACCUGCACACUCAAGCCAACGUGCAGGAGAGCUCCACGAAACCGCAGACAGUGAGCGAUGCAACCGACUCAUCCGCCAGCACGGCGACGGCGACGACCACGGCAUCGGCUUCCAGUGCGAGCAGCAGUACGGUGAAGCCGGAAGGAAGGAACUCUCAGGCGAGUUUGGGGCGUCCGGAGGAUGGAGUACAGAAUUCGCCACUGCUAAGCCACAAAGGGCGCAGCCCGAUGCGUUCGCCCACGAACACUGGUUCCUUGCGGAGACGUAACCGAAGCACACCCCGCAACAGCUACGAGGAUUACGAUGAGCGUGCGAUUCCAACACUAGGGACCCACUCGAAUGACUUUCUGCGCGAGUGCCAGGGUACGGCCAUGAUCGAGCAGGAUGGUGGUAAAAUCCGCUGCAAGCUGAACGAUCGCGAACGGCGGCAGGCAGCGCUGCCGAUACUGAUCUUCGGCAUGGAGCUGGUCGAGCUGAUCUACUCGCGACAGUUUACCGAUCGCGAGGAAGGGCUGAUACGAUUGCGGGGCAUUCUGAAGCAGGAGAUUGAACCGGAACCUCAGCUGCAGGCAGCGCAGGCGGGCCCGAAUAAGAUAUGUCGCGGUGCGACUCUGCUGCUCCAUCGCGGUGUACGCGAUGCCGUGUUUUCUACCUUCAGCCAGGCCACGGAAACGGUGCGAAGUCUCUUCAUGGAGUUCGUUCCCAAUCGUGUUAUCGGAAGUGAGGUGGCCCGAUCGGUGGAUCGGUUGCUACCGGAGCUGCUCUCCAAGAGUGGUGACCCGUCGGCCCGCGUCCAUACGCUCGCGCAGCAUACGAUCCUCAGUAUUGCGGCCUGUCCGGAGGUACGGGAACAGCAUCUGAUUGCCCCGGCCCUAUCGCGUCCGGUUGGUAAUGGUACACAUCCGCGAUUGGCGCUGAGCCGCAUGCAGAUGCUCGAGCAGCUAGUCCUAAGCCAAGGCAUCUCGAACGACAAACAGAGUGGGCUCGCCUGCCGCACCCUCUCCGAAGCCGGUUGCUCCGGUAUACAUCAUCCCGCGGAAUCGGUGCGUAAGGUGGCCGAAAGGGUGUUGCUGCUGGUGUACAAGGUGAAUCCACGGUUGGUGCGCAAACAGCUUCCUCCGGAUGAUGAUAUUACGAGGCGGAACCUCCUCUACCGGCAGCUGUUUUCCGAGUUCGAUAAGAUUGAUUUGCAGCGCAAAAAGGAAAUGUUGGAAAACAAACAGUUCUACGGACCGACCUCGUUUGCCGGCAUCUGCUCGCCGCCUAUGUCGGGAAGCUCAAAGAGCUCGCCUCCGGUGGAGAUCCGGAACAAGAACCAACGCUACGAUGGGCGUACGAUUGUCAGUUUCUCCGACGGCCAGACCGGUGUGCAGUCUAGUUUCAGUUCCAUGAAAUUGCAGGAUACUCAUUCGAGCCCGGUACGCCGGUUGGACGCGACGACGGCCGGUAUCAUCAAGAGCAAAAGCGGUCACGCCAUCGGGCAUCAUGGCCAUUGGACGACGGUUGCCGGUGCCGGACUGGGUGCCGGCUCUAGUGGUGGAUGUGAUGAUACCGCCAGCAACAACCGAGACAGCAAUGGGUCCACGUACUACGACAAAUUGGAUACGGGUACGGGCAACGGUAGACUGCAAUGCAAUGGAAAGACCGCCACCAGUGUUGCUACUGUUGCUCGCCAGAAGUUGACGCAGCAUAAGACCAACAUGUAUGAUAGCACGAUUGGCUUUCUGCCCGGCUCGGGCACCGAAAAUGGUGCUGGAUCUCGCAAGAGCUCCAAUUCGGAUUCAUUCGAUGGGAUUGAAAGUGAAAUCCGAUGCCCGUUUUGUGAUUGGAUUUGUCACGGUGAUCCGUCGCAGCUUGAUAAGCACUACUGGAAGGCGUGCCCGGUGCUAACCAAGUGUCCACAGUGUAGCCAAAUACUGGAAGUGGCCGCUCUCACCGGACAUCUCGUUAAUGAGUGUGAAGCCAAGAUGAGCUAUUUGACAUGUGAAAGGUGCACCGAAUCCGUUCACAAGGACCUCUACGAGUGCCAUCUUAUGGAAGAUUUUUGCCGGGAACUCACAACCGGAGCUGCACGAUGUCCGCUCUGUCAUGAUGAUGUGCUGCUUCCACUGGAUGGUGGCUGGAAGAGACACUUGCUUAGCCGUGCCGGAUGUCUCGGUAAUACCAGGCGUCGAGUGGUCCCACAGUGAUGAUUGGCAGCCGUUUUGGAUAAUUCCUCCAACAGUUUUCCCACAUUUCGAAUCCAUUCAAGCACACGCUGUUUUAGGUAGACAUUCAAUGCAAGCGCUCGAUGGUUGGCUUUUUUUUACUUGAAAAUCAACUUGGAGUCGUUCAGUGACGCUAUAAAAGCAGGACAUAACGUAAGAUCUGGUGCUGGAAAGGACACGUUCGAUUCCAGUUUUUAAUCACGAAACACCCGAUUGCUUCACAUCGCAGUAGGCGCGUGAACCGUGUUUCAAAAUAGCACAGGGCUCCACCAUUUCCAAACAGCUGCAACUUAGAAGACUUCUCGGAAUUGCCAGACUCGUCGACGUCGGUAGUGUGGGCUUUGCGACGGGCUAGAACUGAAUAUACGAUCUAGAGAAAGUGGUUUGCUGCUAGAAGAUGCGUUGAGGAACGCCAACGAUAACCCCCAGGGCGAGUGAUGGCAUGGCACGCUACCGCUUUGCCACCUUAUGAUGCUGAUCGGGAACCGAUCAAACCCGCUCGCCGUAACCGAUGAACUAAUCGGCCAUUUGCGAUCUAACUUUUAAUGGGUAGUUUACAUUUUGUUGUUUAGAUUUUUUAAGCAGAGCAAAUCAAACCAAGCCAAGUUCUCUGAGCAGUUCAACUAAUCAAUCACUCAAACAAUCUCGCGCCCGCUCAUGCUCUCGCCGAGCGUUAACGGCUCGCGGGGGAGCGAAGUGCGCUGCAGAAGCGGGUAGCAAUGUCCAUCUCGAAAUUAUUCGGAAUCAAGUAAACUAAUUUCCCGUCCUUUCAAAAGCGAAAACCAA